CUUGUCAGAGCUGAACGGAGGUAAGGCGCGCUCUGCGCUUCCCGAGCCAAGAUGGAGCAGCAGGACGCAAUCAGACAGGAAGGCAAGCUGACACCCGUGCUCGCCCUAGCAACCCUGAUAGCUGCGUUUGGGUCAUCCUUCCAGUACGGGUACAAUGUGGCUGUAAUUAACUCCCCAGCUGAGCUCAUGAAGGAUUUUUAUAAUGAGACCUACUCUUCUCGAACCCAUGAGUACUUGAGCGAGUUCUCCUUGACAUGGCUGUGGUCUCUUUCCGUGUCCAUGUUCCCCUUCGGAGGCUUCCUCGGAUCCCUCAUGGUCGGGCCCUUGGUGAAUAGACUUGGCAGAAAGGGGACCCUGCUGUUCAACAACAUCUUCUCCAUAGUGCCUGCGAUCUUAAUGGGGUGCAGUGAUGUCGCCAGGUCGUUCGAGAUGAUCAUUGUGUCCAGACUUUUGGUGGGAAUUUGUGCAGGUCUGUCUUCCAACGUCGUUCCCAUGUACUUAGGGGAGCUGGCCCCUAAAAACAUGAGGGGGGCCUUGGGAGUGGUGCCCCAGCUCCUCAUCACUAUCGGCAUCCUCGUGGCCCAGAUCUUUGGCCUUCGGAGCCUCCUCGCAAACAAAGAAGGCUGGCCGGUGCUCCUGGGGCUCACGGGCAUCCCUGCAGCGCUGCAGCUCCUCCUCCUGCCCUUCUUCCCGGAGAGCCCCAGGUACCUGCUGACUCAGAGGAAAGACCCAGGAGCUGCCCGUCACGCGCUGCGGAGGCUGCGCGGCUGGGACCACGUGGACGCCGAGAUGGAGGAGAUCGAGCAGGAGGCGGAGGCCGAGAGGGCCGCGGGCAUCGUCUCCGUGCCGAAGCUGCUCCGCGUGAGGUCCCUGCGGUGGCAGGUCCUCUCCGUCAUCGUCCUCAUGGGCGGCCAGCAGCUGUCGGGGGUGAACGCGAUCUACUACUACGCAGACCAGAUCUACCUGAGGGCUGGGGUGGGGACACAAGAUGUCCAGUACGUGACGGUGGGCACGGGGGCCGUCAACGUGCUGAUGACCUGCUGCGCUGUGUUCGUGGUGGAGCUCCUGGGGAGGAGAGCCCUGCUCCUCCUGGGCUUCUCCGUCUGCUUCAUCGCCUGCUGUGUGCUGACCGCCGCCCUGGCCCUGCAGGACAUGGUAACCGGGAUGUCCUAUGUCAGCAUUACCUGUGUCAUCGCCUACGUCAUAGGACACGCCCUGGGGCCCAGCCCCAUCCCCGCGCUGCUCAUCACCGAGAUCUUCCUGCAGUCCCCCCGGCCAGCCGCCUACAUGGUGGGGGGCAGCGUCCACUGGCUCUCCAACUUCGCCGUGGGCUUGGUCUUCCCAUUCAUUCAGGUGGGCCUCGGGGCUUACAGCUUCAUCAUUUUUGCCGCCAUAUGCCUUCUUACCACCAUCUACACCUUCCUGGUGGUCCCUGAGACCAAGGGCAAGACCUUCAUGGAGAUCAAUCAUAUCUUCACCAAGAGGAACAAGGUGCCGGAUGUGGACCCAGUAAAGGAGGAGCUGAAGGACUAUCCGCCCACCGCGCUGGGGCAGUGACCCAAGAGCAGGAGCCUGCUGAGCAGGUCUGCACGGAGCUGCCCUGCUGGGAUUCUUCCUGGCCAGCAGUUGUCUGUGAAUAUCCAGAACUAGGACAUGUCCAGUGCGGAAAGCAGGCCCCGCUGGGACUGGCCGGAGCACCGCUGUGCAGUUCUGAAAGCCAGGCUGUGUCUCUCCGGACUGUCACACCAGCGGCCCCGGGUCACCGCGAGAACUGCUGCUCAGCCGCACUGGGUCCACCACUGCGUGGCUCCUGGUAACACCAGCUCUUACAGUGAACAUCAUUACUAAGGUGGCGAGAUGGAAGGAAUCAAAUUUGGCCAGAGAAACAAACUCCUCUCCAAUCUCUCGGGUCUUCAGACAGAGACCUUGGACCUCUGUUCUGAGCAGAAUUAGUCCUCUUGUCAGAGCCGUCUCCAGAAAGGCCAGCCUUGGAAAGUGUGAUGCCACAAAGAAUGAUGUCUAGGAAGCUGGGGAAAAGGUCCUGAGUCAGGGAUGAUUGAUCCUAAAUUACAUUGUUAGAAGACAGUGGAGUUGCCUCUGUAUACGCAUUAAAACAAGUAUGAUCACUUUUUACCAAGAUGCGCUGCUUUUCUGUGUGCAAGUGGAAGGCAGGGGGCAUUCCCUGCUCAUUCAAGAAGUUUACGCUAGGCUGUCAGCCCCUUGAGGGCAUGGGUGGGGCCAGUGUUUUUCAUCCUGGGAUUCCAGUCCCCCUGCCUAGAGCAGGGCCUGGCCUGGAGCAGGCACACAGACAAUAUUUGCUGAAAGAAGGGGAGGAGUGAAGGGUGAGGUGGCUGCAAAGUUGUGAUUUUUAACAGUAAAGAUUGGGGAAGCCUCUGCACAGUGAACCCCGAGGUACACAGUGAACGCUGAGGGCUCCUGGGGUGGAGAGUCCUGGGUCCCUCUCCAUCUAUAGCCAAGCUACAGGCUCUUCUUAGACUUGUGUGUGCAUGAAAAGGGUGUGUUCCAAAGGGUAGAGAAGACUUUGAGGCAUGGGAAAGGGGAGGCUGCCUGCUGAGGAGCCUCUGGCAGGAUGGGAAUUCUCCUGCAAGUUUGGGAGACAGAGGCCAGGGACCAGGCAAAACAGAGGGGAGAGUGGUAGCAGCUGUUGUCAGGGUGGAACGGGCAUUCCACAGGUGAUGAGUUAGAGGACCUGCAAGAGUAAGAAGGCCCAGGCAAGUAAACAUCGCAAUCCACCAUUGAACUAUCCUUGACCUGCAGCAGGGACGCGCAGUGUGAAGGGGACACAGAAAACAGCCACAGACGGAACCUGUCAAGGCUGAGAAGUGGGAAGGCUGGAAUGUCAGAAGUCAAGGGACUGCGGUGUUUGGUCUGAAAGUGAAGCCAGGAAGGUGUGGGACACUGACUGAGAUCCUUUGGGUCCUCGUGAGCCAAACUGAUCUGAACUUUGUCCGCAAGAGGAGCGCAUGGGACGUGCAAAAAGAUGCCUAGAAGGAGAUUGGCCAUAGGGAUCUGGAGCUUAGGAGAGCUGGGAUGUAGAUUUGGGGAAACAACGCGUAUUUGCUGAGCACCUACUGUGUUCCAGGCACUGGGCUUCAGCAAUGAAGAAAACCAUGCGGAGUGUGAGGUAUGGUAAAGGAAAAUAGAAUAGCAUAAGGGGUGACAGAUGGGGGCCUGUUGUUUUUGAGGGAAGGACAGGAGGAUCUCCAGAAUGAGGAAGAGAGCCCGUCAGGAGGGAAGCUACACAAGCAUGGGCCCAGGGGAGAGCAGGUGCAGAUGUCUCGAGGUGAGGGGCCUGGUCCUGUCCAGGAAGUGAGGAGAGGCCGGUGGAGCUACGGCAGAAAGGGGAGAGGAAGGUCAGGCUGUGCAGUCUUAGUGGGCCACCGGGGAUUUGGGAUUUCACUCCAGCUGUGACAGGAAGCCACUGGCUGACUUGAGCCAGGGUGUCUGAGUCUGAUUUGCAACAGGAAGAGCCCUUCCAGCUCUCUAGAGAAGACAGAUCCUCUCCAAAAGACCCACAAACAGGUUAAUGCCCCAACUUUGCCUAAGAUUGCCCUGGGCUGCAGACUGGGUGGACGAAAGGUGAGUGGUGAAGUACCAUCAAAUAAGGGACACAGGUGCCACUAAAGACCCAGCUGCCAGCUCUGCUGUUUGCUGGGACCACAGAAGGAGGUGUCCAUCAGUUCAAGGACUCAGUGAUCUCAAGGAGAGCAGUUAGAAGAGAAUGAGGGCAGAAGGGAGACCUCCAGAGCAAGGGUGACAUCAAGGCAGAGAUGAAGUUUUAUAACCAAAAUGUAUUCUUAUUUCCUCCUUCCUCCCCUCACAGUUCCUGUUUGAGUAUGUGUUUUAUCCCAUAACAUGUAAAUGUAUAGAACUUGCAAAAAAUAAAUGUACAUAU